UGUCAGUGAGGAUUCGCUACGGUACCCUCCACUAAUUGUUCUUCCGUACAUGGAAUGUGGAGACCUGAGAAACUACCUCAAGCAGUACAGACUGAACGAGUCGUCAAGAAACAAAAAGUGUAUCGAUCUCUCUCAGCUGUUGAAGUUCGCCCUUCAGAUUGCAAGAGGAAUGGAAUAUCUAACGUCAAAAAGAAUAAUUCACAGAGACUUGGCGGCAAGAAACUGCAUGCUCAAUUGGGAAUUGAACAUAAGGGUCGCUGAUUUUGGUCUUUCUCGUGUUCUCAACGCUGGCAAGGAAUAUUAUCGCGUGGGAAAACAGACAAAAUUGCCAAUAAAAUGGAUGGCGCCGGAGGGUCUCAUUGAUAUGCUCUUUACAUCAAUGACUGACGUUUGGUCUUAUGGUAUAACCCUCUGGGAGAUCAUGACGUUUGCUAAAGUUCCGUAUCCGGGAGUUAACAACAGUCGAGUACUAAGCUAUCUCAGCAAAGGAGGAAGAAUGGAGAUGCCUAGCGAUUGUCCAUCUAACGUAUAUGACAUCAUGUUACGUUGCUGGAAUGAGACGUCGUCUGAACGUCCAUCAUUUACUGCAAUAGCUGAAGAAAUCGAAGACAUUCUUACUGUGCUGGUGGGAUACUCCGACAUGAACGCAGAGAACUCGAAUAACGUUGUGUAUUACGAUUUCGCUCGUGAUGGCGACGACUACGACAGUGAGAAUGAUGACGAAGAAGAUGACACAGAAUACGGACGAAAGAGGAGCAUUGGGAGAAAACCAUCUCAAGUUAGCUGUACAGAUGACACAGAAUACGAACGGAAGAGGGACAUUCAGAGAAAACCAUCUCAACUUAGCUAUACAGAUGACAACGCAUACGGAAUUCGGAUGAGCAUUAUCUCAACUUAGUUAUACUAAACGUAGAAAGCGUCUAUGUUUGACUUCGAGUAGCAACGAAACAGCCAAGCUAUCUAGAUCUAAUCUACAGUAGAAGUAGAUCGUAGUACGUUAAUUAAUGAAGACAUGUUUAUAGAAUUGUUGCUAGCAUAAGAAAUUAAUAGGUCUGUUAAUAACUUAGACAUGGUAGCCGCUGAUAUAGAUAAGAACAGUUAUUACAUUGAGAACGCUUGCAAUAAAAUGGCUAGAAUCACAGAUACUGUUUGCCACUUGUUGCAUUUAGAGU